AUGGCAAAAAAGCGUUCUGCAAAACGGAAAAUUUUGCGGUAUAAGCAUGAAUCCUUGGUUAAGGCUGUGGAAGACGUUAAAAAAGGUGUGCUAUCUGUACGGGCGGCUGAAAAACUUUACAAUGUCCCCAGGUCCACCAUUUCCGACAAAAUAUCAGGUCGGAGUGACCUUGACACAAACAUUGGACGUCAACCUGCACUCCCAAAGUUUAUUGAAGAAAGAGUGGUGGGAAACGUCCUCGAGGCAUCCAAAAGAGGGAUGGGGAUUUCCCGCAGGCAACUUUUUGCCAGAACAGGAAUCCUCUGUCAGAGGAUGAAAGUUGCAGCUUUUAAAAAUGGGGCUCCAGGUCGGGGGUGGUGGGAUGGUCUUAAGAAAAGACACCCGGAAAUUACAAUUAGAAAACCGGAGAAGCUUGGCAAUUCCCGUGCUCGUAUGCUCAAUCCCACGGUUGUUAACAAGUAUUUGAAUGAUUUGGGAAACAUAAUUACAAAUCUUAAUUUGAAUGACAAACCACACAACAUAUGGAAUUGUGAUGAAACUGGGAAACAGUUUCAGCACACACCUGUUAAGGUGAUCUCAGAAAAGGGCGCCAGAAAUGUAGUGGGACGUGUAUCUGAAAACAGAACUAACAUCACUAUAAUGGUCUGUGUCAAUGGCGCAGGAGGGAAAAUGGCCCCAAUGGUAGUUGUGAAGGGCAAAACAUCCGCCACUCUUCAUGGUCUUCAUGUUAGUGAUGCCCCACCUGACACGGUAUUUGCGUACCAAGAAAACGGGUGGAUGACGGAGGAGCUCGGGGAAAGGUGGUUCCGGGACGUGUUCCUGAAGAACUGUGGACCGGAGCGGCCCCAACUCUUAAUCUUAGAUGGCCACUCGUCUCAUGAGACACUUGGUCUUCUGGAGCUGGCCAUGAAAGAAAACAUUCAUAUUAUCUGCUUGCCCCCUCACACAACUCAUGUACUGCAGCCACUGGAUCGAUCAGUUUUCGGACCCUUCAAUGCAGCUUACAACGCUGCAUGUUCAGAAUUUCUGUCAGAGUCACCUUAUCACAUUGUGAACAAAAGCAGUUUCUUGAAUCUUUUCAAUAAAGCUUUUCAGUCAGGAAUCACUAAGGAAAAUAUAGUAAACGGAUUCAAAGCAUGCGGGAUAGUCCCUUUUAAUCCAGGUGCCAUUUCAUCUGACGCUUUUCAUCCCUCCGUUGCCACUGAAGUAGUUCCGCCCCACCAACAUACUUCUCCAGAUAACACCAGAUCAUCCCCAGCUUCUCAACCCACAUGUACCGUGACUCUGGCUACUUCUGACACUGCAAUUUUGGAUCCGACUUCUCCGCCGAUUCCUCUCUGUGCUCAUACCGAGACUCAGUCUAUAUGUACUCCUAUCUCCAUUCCUGAAACACAGAGUCCUGAAAGUAUGCCCUCUUGUAGUGCCCUCUCUAUUUCUAAGUCUUAUGAUCAUCCCGAGGGUUUGUCCACAAGGAUACCCUUCUCUACUUCUGAAUCACAGACCCCUGAGGCUAUCUCUGCAUGUACUCCCCUUGAGCUCUCGAUUUCUGACCCCAGCUGUUCUGAUCGAGCCUUAAUUCCUCUGGAAUCGGCAUGUUCCGACGACACAUUUGUUCUUGAUGACCCCGAAGCUUUGCUGUCCCUAAUAACUUCUGGACAAUGCCAGAUAGUUCCAGAGGACACCGCCGAAUAUAGAUCAGCUCAUGAAUCCGAACUUCCAGAAACAAUUUCCGCGGGUGAUUGUCAAAGUCUGUCUGAUGAUGGGGAUGUCUCGCCUUACGCAUCAAAAUCUACCUCUGUUGAAUCUGUCUGGAAUAGUGUGGUUGAGAGUAUAUUUCUACCCCCAAGUCACCCCAAUACAGAGAAGGGCACUGGCACUGUAAAGAAAUCAAAGUCUAAAACAUCGCAUCGAUUGCUAACAACAAAAGAUGUCAUUGAAGAGAAGAAAGAAAAAGAACUGAAGAAGAUGUUAAAAGAAAAACUUAAAACAGAGAGAAAACAAAAAAUGAAAAAUAAAAAACAAUAAAUUGUGCAAUGUGUGCAAUAUUGGGAGAGA